CUCCAUGGCGCCGCCGGGCCCCGAGCCGGUCCUUCGCCGCGGCAACGACCUCCGCGCGACGCCGUAAAGCGCGCCGCGCUGCUUUCCGGCCCGCGCGCCCGCGUCCGGCGGGGGCGGGGCGUGUCGCCAUGGUGAGGGGGGAGAGGCGGGCGGGAGCCAUCUUGCUGCCAGCCGCGGCAGCCCCCGGCCCGCCGUGCGGGACGCGCCUCGGACCCGGCCCGGCUGCUCCUUCCUCGUCUCCUGCCGAGGGAGUGGCUGGCGGGACAACCCCGGUGCUGCGGGCCGGAGGAUGCGGAGAGGCGGAGCUGCCGCCAGAGUCGCCGCCGCAUCAUCUUCGCGCCGUCCCCAAAGAGUGGCUGCCGCCUGGUCGCGGCGGCCGCUUGCGGGCCCGCGCGGCUGAGGCGGGCUGGGCGGGCGGAGGUGGUCCCGCUGAGGAUGAGUGCGGGCUGCGGGCGGGAUCCCCCUCGGAAGAGAGCCCGACCGAGCACCAGCAGCCCCGGCAGCGGCUCCCAGGGAGAACAGUCGCCGUCGCCGCCGCUCGGUCUCCGCCAAGAGGAGUCCGGGGGCAGCAGCUCCGGCGACGGCAACAGCCCAGCCACCGCCGUGGGGAACAAAGUUUGUAAACAAAGAACAAUUACCAGUUGGCUGAAGAGUAAAGGACCUAAGGCAACUGAGUCCAAAAGCUUACACAGCAAAAUUAACAACAAUACUGAAGCAAAUUCCAAGAUGACCUCCAUUAAAAAAGAGACGUGUUGUGAACAUGAUGUGAAAAAGCCAGAGAAUAUUUGUCAGCAAAAUUAUUCAGAAAUAUCUGUGGAAGUUGGUGCAAAGUUUGUAAAUUUGCCUCAGACAGACAACAUAUAUACCUGGGAGGCUGUGGAAAAAGAUCAGGUCUUAGAGACAGAGCCUAUGGAAGGGAUGCAGUCGGGAGACCUCUUUAAAAAUGCCAACAUUGAUCAGAUGCACAAAACUAGCAAGCAGGCUCUGAGAGGCUGUGAAGAAAGCAGUGACGUUUGGACUCAGAGGAAAUUAUCAUCAGGACAGUCUUUGAAAAUGGGAAAUACAAAACUUUCUUCAAAAGACACAGAGACAGAUGGACAGGCAGCUUCAUGCAAUUCACAGAAGCUGAAGAGUUGCAAUUCUGUCUGUUUAAUGGUCGAAAAAGAGGAAGGGGAUGUAGUUCCAGAAAGUCCGCUUUCAGACACUGGUUGUGAUGCUUGUGUAUCAGAUCUUGGAGACUGUGGGAAACUGAGCAAAUGCCAGAGCAGUUCAGGGGAUUCACCUGCUUUUGAGAAAGAAAGUGAACCAGAGUCACCAAUGGAUGUAGAUAAUUCUAAAAAUAGCUGUCACGGGUCAGAGGCUGAUGAAGAAACAAGUCCGUUUCUUGAUGAGCGAGAAGAGAUUAACAUAUCAAAACCCAUAAACAAAUCUUUCAGAAUUCAGUAUGGAGAUGCUGAACUGGAGUCCAGAAGGUCACAAUUUUCUGCUAAAGGCUGUAAAAGCUUUGAGGAAAUAGAUAAUUCUGUUAAAGAGGAUGCUUUGCAUACAAAGCCACUUGGAAUCUCUGCUGCCCCAUCAUCAGAAUGCAAAGGUGCGAAACAGAGUGUGAAGAGAGACUCUAAAAUCACCUCUCACUUCAUGAGGAUACCAAAAGUUGAGGACAAAAGAAAAGAGAAGUGUGAAUAUAAACCCCAGCGAACAGAAAGGAAGAUUCCUAAAUACACACCACCUCCUCUUCCAGCUAAUAAGAAGUGGUUUGGGACACCAAUUGAAGAGAUGAGAAGAAUGCCAAUAUGUGGGGCCCGACUUCCACACCUGCGACCUUCAGCCAAUCAUACUGUAACCAUCAGAGUAGAUCUUCUGAGGGAAGGAGAGGUGCCUAAACCCUUUCCAACUCAUUACAAAGAUUUGUGGGACAACAAACAUGUUAAAAUGCCCUGCUCAGAGCAAAAUUUAUACCCUGUAGAGGAUGAGAAUGGAGAUAGAACUGCUGGAAGUCGAUGGGAACUAAUCCAAACUGCCUUACUGAACAAAUUUACUUGCUCACAUGAUUUGAAGGAGGCUAUACUGAGAUACAACAUUGCUUAUUCCAAGAAAUGGGACUUCACUGCUCUUACCGACUUCUGUGAAAAGGUUCUUGAAGAUGCAGAAGCUCAACAUUUGUUCCAGUCCAUUCUUCCUGAUAUGGUCAAGCUGGCACUCUGUCUCCCUGAUAUCUGCACCCAGCCAAUACCUCUACUGAAACAAAAGAUGAAUCACUCCAUCACUAUGUCACAGGAGCAGAUUGCUAGUUUUCUAGCCAAUGCAUUCUUCUGUACUUUUCCACGUCGCAAUGCGAAGAUGAAGUCUGAGUAUUCUAGUUAUCCAGACAUUAACUUCAACAGAUUGUUUGAAGGACGUUCACCAAGGAAGCCUGAGAAACUUAAGACCCUUUUCUGCUAUUUUAGGAAAGUCACAGAAAAAAAACCUACGGGACUGGUGACCUUUACAAGGCAAUGUCUUCAGGAGUUUCCAGACUGGGAAAGAUCUCAGAAAAAACUGUCCAGGUUGCAUGUCACCUAUGAAGGCACUAUUGAAAGCAAUGGACAAGGUAUGCUACAGGUUGAUUUUGCAAACCGUUUUGUUGGAGGUGGUGUGACCGGGGCAGGACUAGUGCAAGAAGAAAUUCGGUUUUUAAUCAACCCAGAACUGAUUGUAUCGAGACUUAUCACUGAAGUCUUGGAUCACAAUGAAUGUCUCAUCAUCACAGGUACUGAGCAGUACAGCGAGUAUACAGGCUAUGCAGAAACAUACCGGUGGGCAAGAAGCCAUGAAGAUAAAACCCCAAGGGAUGAAUGGCAGCGACGCUACACGGAAAUUGUUGCUAUAGAUGCAUUUCACUUCAGACGUUUCCUCGAUCAGUUUAGUCCAGAGAAAAUUAGAAGAGAGCUCAACAAGGCAUACUGUGGCUUCUCUCGACCCAGUGUUCCACCUCAACAUCUCUCUGCAAUAGCCACAGGAAACUGGGGAUGUGGUGCCUUUGGAGGGGACUCCCGAUUAAAAGCCUUAAUACAGAUACUGGCAGCUGCUGAAGCUGGACGUGAUGUUGUUUACUUUACCUUUGGAGAUGUGGAGCUGAUGCGGGAUAUUUACAGCAUGCACACUUUCCUCUGUGAGAAGGGCCAAACUAUUGGGGACAUUUACAGGCUGUUACUGAGAUAUUACAAUGAAGAAUGCAGAAGCUGUUCUACUUCAGGACCAGAUGUCAAGUUGUACUCUUUCAUAUACAACACCGUUGAGUCCUGUGCAGAUUCUACUGAUGAUGAUGAAGAAAAAGGGUUGUGCAUUGAGGAUUAAAAUACAUGUCUUUGAUCAGAAUAUUGUUCAUCUCCUCCCACUGGUCUAUUGUGUGGAUUGCUGGGUAUAAUGUAUGAAUUGGCUUAAUUUAAUAUAUAUUGACUGCAUUGGUAGUUACGUGUAACACCCAAAGAAAACCCACGCUGGAGACACAAGAUUCUUUUGUUUUGAUGGUUUCAUGCAUUAAAACUUUGUUCAUAUGUGUAUAGAAAAAGAUUUCUUUGGCCAUCUGGCUUGCAUUUUCUGCUCUCCUUUGCCUUUAUUUUUGAAAGACUUUUCAUGCAAGCUUAGUGCUGGAGAACAGGCAGUCGUGAAACUCCAGGGAUCAUUUUAGAGAGAAGCAUUGGGAUGAUCAUAUUGAAAAUUGUCAUCAUUUGAUGACCUUCUUAAGACUGCCACAGUGUCUUCAUUAUUCUUACCAACGUUUUUAUUCAUGUAACUUUAAAUAUCCUGGUUUAAGUCUAUUUUUUGUAACAAAUGGUUGAAAGCUUCUAGAGGAGCUAUAAUGCGUUCCAGAGCUGCACUGUCUCUAUCAAGUCAGACACAAAAGUUAGUAUGAAGUAGGGAAACAUCGAAAUGUGGGAAACUGAGAAGUUUGACCAAAGUUAGAAGCAGAGGAAAAUAUUUUGACAUGAAACUCCUCAGUGUCAUUUCGUUGGUGCUAUCUGUUACAAUACUGAACAAGGUCUUAGGCAUGUCAGUAUAAGGGAAGUUUCCCUAGGUUCACUGUUGACAAUAUCAUUUGAAUUAAGGUCUGUUAGCUGUAUUUAUUUUGUCAUAUCAGUUUUUUACUGCAGUAUGCAUAUAUGUGAGUAUAAGAUCCCCAUGGGAUAACAUGAGUGAGGGAAUGGAAAUCACAUAUCAGCAGGAUGAAAUUCUCUAGGCUAUAGACAAGAGCAUGAGCUCAAUAGGAGUUUGCACCGUUGCUUUUUCAGGUGUGUGAACAUUGCCAAUGAAGAGAGGGCAAAAGAUGUGUAAAACUCUGCUAUUACUAUCUCUGUGAAUACCAAAUUAGUCUUGUUGUAGUACAUUAAUAGUUUACACAAACCUGCAGAUACAUCUGUGAUAGAACUUUUUUUCCAGGUCUACAUACAAUGAAAGAUUUGUCUAUUAGUGGUUUAAACACAGUUUAAGUCUGUGAGGGCUGCUGCAACCAGUUUUGCAAUGCAAGUAAAAACCACAGCAGGAAACAUAGUGAGCUGUGGCUCUAGCAUCAACAAAUGCUAUGGGUUAGUGUCAGAUAAAACCUCUCCAAAUGCAACACAGUAAUUAAAUGCUGCUGGUAGUAUGGCUUACAAAACGCUCACUUCUUGAGUUGCUGUGGUGGAAGCAAUAGCAAAGAGUUUGGGUCAUUUAUAAACACCUCCAGAGUGCUGCAUUUGCAUUCAUGUUGAAUGACCAGAUUGGAAGCAUGGUGUUUGGAUGGUGACAGACAUAGCAGUUUGUUUCUUCCUCCUCCUGCCACCAGCAGUAGUUUUCUCUACCCUCAUCUGUUAGGAGGAAAAUAUUUGGGAUGGAAUGUCAGGUGUUUUUCUGUGUUUGCAACUUUCACUUUCAGAGCUAGUGGAAAUCUUUUUUCCUACUCCUAAUGUGUCAGUUUUGGCUCACGUUCUGGCAAAAGAAAUAACACUGUUUUCUGCUGAGCUCUCACUUGGCAUUUAGGAUCAACUAUGAUAAUGCUUCUGGAUGCAUUGCUGCUGCUGAGAAAUGUACCUUGUUAAUUAAGACAAGUGAUGGAAAACUGGUGCUAUCUGCCAAACUUUCUUCACCUCAGUACUCAGGAUUUCCUAUAGAAAAGGUGAACAGAAUUGAUUCCUAAACUGGAAGGAAUUAUAGCAAAAAGCUUUAGGUGGCUAGAUGUGACCUCCUCUUUACUGUAAGUAAAUACAUCUUCAUUAGUGCAAUAUUUAUUUUCAUUGUGAGGGGAAGCGAUUGGUCAGGUAUGGAAAUUGUACCAAAAUAAGAUGGCAUAAAAUUGUUCAGCUCUGGAAGCAGAAAGAUAUUUUUAGCUUUGAGAAGAAUCUCUAUAAAGAUGAUGUUAUAGGGUAUCCAGUUAAGAGAGUGUUUGCAGUGUCCAGUGUUUCCAGGACAAUGCUAGUCAUUUUAUUCUGUCUGCAUUUUCACUGAUAUCUGAGGAUUUUCAGACAUGGGGAAGAAUGCCUUUUAUUUGAGAUUAGGAUGUGUUUGCUAUGCUUUUUAUUUCCCCUCUGCAUGGGCAGAAGAAAGGAAGAUAAUGAUUCAUUUUCUGUUUACUGUGUCACCUGAAUGAGUGAUAUAUCCUGCGUUCUACUGUGUGUCACUGAACUUGUAAAGGACAAUGUCAUAAGAACACUUGGAGGAUAAAUUCAUUGUGGACAGGAUGAAGAUAUUGUUUUUUUGGUUGCUCUAGGGAGGCAUUUAAGCAAGUUAGCCUCAAGCUGUCAAAUUCACAACGGUGUUACAUUCCCAUGACUUCUUAAAUCAGUUUAGAGCUAAACUGCUCAGAAUGCUGCAGGUGGAAGCAGGAAUUUUGCAUUGGCCCAGUAUGUGUUCUACAUCUUUCUUUUUCCCUCUACCACCAUUUAUAAACAACUUAACACAUUAGCUGGAGAUGCCUCUUGGUACUCUGUUUGAAGUAGCAUGGAAUGGAGAUGCCAGUACAGCCUAGUAAGCUUCAGUUUCACUCUUCUAGAAACCUAGUUAUGAAGCAUUCCUUGGUGGGUUUUUUUGUUGGUGGUGGUUUUGUUUGUUUGGGGUUUUUUGAAAGGGAAUUUAUUACUUUAGGGCUGUUUGCUAUAUGAUUUGAAAUAAACUUCCUACCAAAACUUCUGUUUUAUACUUUUUAGCAGCUAAAUUGAACACUCAGUAUGAAAUAAUGGCAGGCAGUCAUGUAGAUUGCAGUGUUGCCUCAUAGUCAAGUUUGAUAUUGGAGCACUUCUGUUUAUUUACAGCUCUUGCUGUAAAUUCCUCAAUUCUGAGGUGUUCUUAUCUAAUGAUGAGUACCUAUUAGUGUAUAUAUUAAUUUAUAAACUGUUGGAAGUGUUCCUGACAUUCUUCUGACCUUACAGUUUAUGCACCAUUACAUCCUAUUGAUUUUUCUGGAUCUGUAUGCUGAUGUUUACAUAAUUUUGUAGGAAUACAAUUAAAAAGCUGCAACUGAA